AUGGGACGGACUCAGAGACGCCGUGCUGCGCCUCGUUCCCGUCAGAGGCGACGACGACGCUCGCAACGCGGGGGCAAGUUAUUUGAUGAGCAAAAUCUGUUGAACAAAACGGGCAUAGAAUUUCAUUGGCUUCGCUAUCAGUACAUGGGACCUGGCACCCAUUUGAAAAAACGAUUGGCCCGCGGGGAUCCCGACAUCAACCGGUUAGACAGAAUUGCCAAAGCUCACGACAUUGACUAUGACAAGGCCAAGACCUUGAAAGAUAAAUGGGCAGCCGAUCGCAAGAUGAUUGCCAAGAUUGAUCAACUCCCCGGCCGCAAAAGCCUGACGGAACGCAUUGUCAAAAACAUUAUGGAAGCUAAACUCAGAUUGGGCAUGUAA